AUGUCAGAAGAUGGUAAUCGUACCAACAAUAUGGACUUGAAGGGGAUAUCAACAUUCUUCCAUAUACCUGUUACACAAUUGAGCACGUUCGAUGAGAAUACAUUGGUGAUAUUACAAAAGAAAUUACAAGAGUUUAAUGAUUUGCAAAACUCUAACAUUGAAUUGAAUUCAAAGAUAGGGAAAAUAAGGGCAGAUUCCGAAAAGGAAAAUGAUAUACAACUGGUUAUGGAACAGUUAGCUAAAGAGAAUGAGAUUUUUAAGCGAGAAAACAUUGAUAUUAAAUCUCAAGUAAAUAAUAAUGAGCAAAAGGUUGAAAUAGAUAAAUUGAACGCUCAUAUUAAAGAUCAGGAACAAACAAAGACGGAUCUAGUUAAAUUAUUAAAUGAAAAGAUAAAUGAAAUAGUACGAAUGGAAUCACAGAUUACGAGUACUUUGGAGACUAAUAAAGAGCAAAAUCAAAGAUAUCAAAGAAUAAUUGAUGAACUUGGAGAAACUCAAUCAGAAAAUUUAUCAUUACACGCAGAAUUGGAAAAGACUAAACAUCUCUUAGGAGAUUCAGAUAGGAAAAAAAAUUCUUUAAUUGCCCAAUUGGAAAAUAAAAGUCAUCAAUUCUCUGAUUAUAGAACAAGUAAAGAAAAUAUAAUAUCGAAAUCUGUUAAUGAUCUUCUCUCAUGUAAAAAUGAAUUAAAGGAUAUAAAAGACAAACAUUCGUCAUUAGUCGAGAAAUAUGAUCGGUUGGAUAAAGAAGGUCAAGAAAACUCAAAUUUAAUAGAUGAUUUAAAAUUUACCGUUAAACUUAAUAAAGAAGAAUAUUGUCAUGAAACUGAUUCUCAAAAAGAGCUUAUAAGUGUCCUAGAAGGACAAGUUAAAAACUUUCAAGAAAAAUUAAAAGCUCAAUUUGGAAGAGAGGAGUUGUCAUCGCAAAAUACAAAAAAAGGUUUUGAUGAACUGUCUCAAGAGCUUUCGACAUUAAAGAAAAGAUUAGAAUAUUCAGAGCAAGAGAGAGCUCAUCUGGAGGCUUAUGUAAAUCAACUAAUGUUAAAUGAACAAAAUGACGACUCGGAGGGUAACGAAGAUAAUAGUAUAAAAUUGCAAAGUGACAUUACCAUUUUACGAGAAGAAUUAAAACAUGAAAGGUACAUUAAAGAACGUCUAGAGCAACAAAUUGAAAUAUUUAUAUCUGAUCUUCAAACUAAGGUCCCAGCGAUUAAUUCAUUUAAAGAUAAAACGGCCUCUCUAGAAAAUGAAUUAACCAAUAUCUCUCUUCUGUUAGAACAUACCUCCAAUGAUAAUGAAACUAAUUUAAAAGCGAUUCAUGAGAAGGAUAAGCAGAUAACAGAAUUAAAUGACUCAGUCACUCAUCUUAGAAGCCAACGCAAACACUUGGCAAAUCAGGUUAAAUAUCUUCUAGUCAAUAUGGAAAUUUGUGGAAAUGGUAAUUAUCCUAUGACAGCCGAGGAAGGAGUUUAUUUGAAAUCUAUUUUAGAUGAUGAAGAAAAUGCUCCAGUUUAUAACAAUGAUACAUCCUUAGUGAUAGCAGAAAAUGCCGAAAAAUUUAAAAAUAUAUUGGAAUUACAGCAACAGAACAUGAAACUAUUAAGCACUGUAGACCAGCUCUCAUCUCGUGCUGAAUAUCUUGAGACACUCAAUAGUAAAAUGGAAAGUAAUUCUGAAGGAGAAAUAAUCCAAGACGCCAAAGAAGCUAUCCUUACAUUGGAAGCACGUAAUAAUUACUUGGAGAGAAAAUUGAAAAUAUUUGAAAACAAUACACCAGGGCACGGUGACUUAAAGGUUGACAACCCGCUAAGCCAUAGUGAUAAAAAUAUAGGUGAAAACAAUAAAACCGAUCAAAUGCAUUUGAAAACGAUAAGUGACUUGCAAAAAACGUUGCAAACUACAAUAGAUACUACUUUGAAAACAAAGACAUCUCUUCAGAAUAAACUAAAGGAGAUAACAACCAAACUAUCCACGUCCACACUGGAAUAUGAAAAGGAAAAAUCCAAGAAUGAAUUAAUGAAUCAAAAAUUAAUGGUUAUUCAGAAUUCGAUGGAUUUGCUGAAGACAGAUAAUAAACAAUUGACCUUGAGAAAUAGUCAUUUGGAGGAAAAUUUAGGUAACAAAGAGAAAAGGAUGAAUAAAACCUUAAAAGAGUUCGUUGAAUGCAAAUCAGAACUGACUACAUUAAAUGUAAUCUUGAAAAGCAAUGAGGUUGAAAAAGAAAGUGCAUUUAAGGAUAGAGACCACUUCAAAGAUAAAUUAUCCAAUAGUAACCAAGAAAGAAAUUCUCUCAAAAUCGAUCUUUCUAAAGCACAGGCUACUUUGAAGGAGAACGAAAUACUUUGGUCUGUUAAGGAUACUACAUAUAAGGAAACUAUCCUAAACCUAGAAGAAAGCCUUUCCGAAUCGCGUAAAAGAUUGAGCGUAAAAGAUGAUGAACUGAGAGAACUUCUCGCCAACCGGUAUAAAGAGACUGAGUGGUAUAAAGUCAAGAUAGAAACAUCAAAUAUUGAAAUAAAUAUGUUAAAAAACUCUAUUGAAGAACGUUCAGCCAAAAUUGAACAAUUACUAUCUGAUCUAAAAGUACUUGAAAAUGAAAUAGUAGAUAAGAAUGUUGCCAUUAACUCAUAUAAGAGAAUAAUUAACGAUGGCCAAAAAUCACCUGCCCAAGAAAAGCUAGAGGCUCAACUCAACGAAGUUCAGCAAUCAUUGAACAAAACGUUAGUCGAGUCCAAAAAAUAUAAAAUUGAAGUUUCGGAGAUCCAAACGUCGUUACAAAAUAUGACUACAUUAUAUGAAGAUGAGAAGAAGACAGUUAAAGACCUUGAAAUAGUUCUAGAAAAUACAACAAAAGAACUAAAUCAAAACAAAGAGGAUCUUCAGAAAAAUAUUGAUGAAUUAAAACUUGAGUUGAUUAAUCAGAAAACUCAGCUAGGAGAAAAGGAAGCUGAAUUUCAGUCCAAAUUAUCGGAGAUCGAACUGACUAAGAUUGCAAACAAAGAAAACUACGAAUCUAAAAUAUUGAAUUUGGCAGAGGAACUUGAACAACAAAAAAUAAUAAAUGAUGAAAUUCAACAGAAAUACUAUACUUCCUUAAACGAACAUUCGAGUUCAGAAAAUUCAAAACAGAAUGAUAAUGUUAGUAAAGAAUUUCCGGAUAUUAAGAUGGAAGUGGAUCCCAAGCAAAUGGAAUCUCUACAGGAACUAAACAAUAUUUUGCAAGAGAAGAUGGAAAAGGCAGAAACGAAAUGUGAUAUUUUAACCGAACAAAUAAUCGUCUCUCAAACUGAAAUUUCUAAUUUGAAGACCCAACUGAACAACAUUAAUGAAGAGAAUGAAGGUUUGAAGGCAUCGUCCAUAGAGUCGGUGAAAGCUGUACACGCUGGAGAUGUAAAUGAAAUAAAUGAUCAACAUACAGAGAUGGGUGAUUUGUUAAAGAAAAACGAAGAAUUAGAAGAUAGAUUUAAUAGAUUGAAGAAACAGGCGCACGAAAGAUUACACAGUUCGAAGUUAGCAUCGGAGGCAUUGUCAUCCCAAAUGGAUACCUUGAAACAGGAGAACAUUCAGUUAGUAUCUAAAUUAGAAGAUGAAAUGGCAAGGGCAUCCUCAUUAGAACAAAUGGUAAGCGAUUUUGAUAACAGAUCUAAUGUGGUGAUAGAGCUACAGAAGGAGCUGGAAUAUGCAAAGAUCCAUUCGAGGGAGAUUGAGUAUAAACUCAAUGAUACAAUGGAAAAGUCUAAUGGAUUAAUAGAAAAACUUAACGUUGAAAUAAAUAACCUAAAAUCAGAAUUGGAGGAGGCCAAAACAACCGAACUUGGCACUAUUGUAAGCAAUGAUGAUUCAGAUGAUUAUGGUAAGGUUAUUGAGAAUAUGAGAAAAACAUUUGAAGAUGAAAAGAUUCAAUUUAUCAAGGAUCAAACUGAAGAAUUUGAGAAAAAAUUGAAGGACCAAGGUGAAAAGUUACAGCUUGAACUUGAGGAUAAUAUGAGAGAGAAUGUAAGAACGGUCCAGGAAACGAUAGUGGACGUUAAUGCAUUGAAGAAAAAAUGGGAAGAAGACAAUGAAAGUGCAGUUUUACAACGAAUUCAAGAAGCUACUGAAAAAAUAAAGGAAGAGGUCAGCGAAUCAUCUAAGAAUGAAAUAAAUAAAAGUAUUGUUGAUCACAAAAAUGAGCUGGAUCAAGAGUUUGACAAAAAAGUUGAAGCAAAAGCAAAGGAACUUCUUGAAACUCCAGUGUUUGGCAAAAUUAAAGAACAAAUUCAAUCAGAGAUUGAAACUAAACUUGAAUCAGCCCAUACUGAGGACCUGCAAGAGGUAAAGAGGAAAUCAUUUGAGGAAGGUCAACAACAAGUGUCAAUGAAAUUAACUUUUCUUCAAAAAAAGAUAUCUUCUCUGGAGUCGCAAUUAAGCAACGCUAAGCAAGAUGAUGAUCAAGAUGUGAGUGAAGGUGGAAAUGAAACAGUAGUAACUGUUGAUAAUGAUAAGGCUAAAUAUUCGGAAGCGGAAACGUCUUUCAAAUCUGAAAAGGAAUUGGACAUCUCACUAAGGGCUCAAACACCAUCGCCCUUUAAAGCUAAUAAUUCACCAUUCGCACCGGGAAGUAGUAUUUUUUUAAAAGGAGCAAAUCUUACAAGUGUUGAUGCUACCAAGAAUCCAUUUAGUGCAUCAUUUGACUUAACGGGAUCGUCCCCAAGUGGUAUUAAUCCAUUCAGUAAAUUUCAACCAACCUUUUCAUUUGGUAAACAGGAAACUCAAAACGAUAUAGAGGAAUCUAGUCAAAAUAGUACUCCUGGAAAUAAACGUGCGUUUGAGGAAGAAGAGGAUGAUGAGGAUGAAGAUGAUAAUACUAGUAAUAGUACAGACUCCAAGAAAAGUAAGAAUGAUUGA